AUGAACCUCGACACAUCCUUCCACGUCGACCCCACGGGACCGAUCCUCAGAGUUUCUUCCUUCACCCCCAUCAACACCGAAAUGGACGUUGCCGAGAUCGAGGUCGAGAACGACAAGUCAAACAACGUGCUUCCUGGAGCCGCAGAGGAACCACAGCCAACCUCGACCCCAGCAACCACGACACCUCGCAAGCGAGGGCGGAAGAAGGCCGUAGACGGCGCAGACGCAGACACAGACAGCACCGAGACCCCAACCAAGAAGGGAAAGACUUCGCCCAAGAAAACCUUGGGUCCUAUUCCGGCCUCUUUGGAAUCAGCCGGGUUGGCCGACAAGAUGGUUCUGCGGAUGAGAGACGAGGAAGGCCGUAGCUGGUCUGAGAUCACCAAUGCCUGGACGAGAAUGACCGGUAUCAAGGUUGAAGGGAGCACGCUGCGGAAGCGCUACACGGCCAUGAAGGCGAACUUCGUCUCCAUCAGCGCAGAAGAUGAAGUCAGGAUUGUCAAGGUGAAGAAAGAAGUAGAGGAGAAGUUCGAGCAGGAAAAAUGGCAUAAGAUCGCCGAGGGUGUUGCUGCCGAUGGAGGAAGCAAUUACCCUGCGAAUGCGAUCCAGAGGAAGUUCAAAGAGCUGAACAAGAGGGCUCAAGCUGCAGCUGCAGUUGAGACUGAGGACUGA